AUGUCUCACCUAUACAUAAUUGCAGACACGGUGGCCGAUAGAGUAGAGAUGCACACCAACAUCGGAGAGCAACGUGACAACUGGAACACCCUCCUCCUCACCUCCAUCAACACUAUCACCCUCACCGGCACCGCCAUGGCUGCUCUCUCUGCUGCAACAACAACUACUACUACUGCUACAACCUUUCUCCCUUUCCCACCUCUCAACCUAUCUUCCUCUCUCUUGUUCACUGCCGCCACAGGACUGAUGGUGGUGAUGAACAAGCUCCAGCCCUCCCAACUCGCCGAAGAGCAACGUAAUGCAGCAAAGCUGUUCAAACAGCACCAUAGGGAGAUCCAAACAACCCUUACGAUUGAGAAAAACCCUACGCCAAGGGAUGUGAUGGUUGCCAUGAAGAAGGUCUUGGCCCUCGACAGAGCCUACCCUUUUCCCUUACUUGGAGCCAUGCUCGACAAGUUCCCCGCAAAGGUUGAGCCCGCUUGCUGGUGGCCUUCUCCUUCUUCACCAUCAUCUCCACCUUCACCACCUUCACCUUCUUCACCUUCAUCACCACAAGAAGAGAAAAAACGGAUUCUUGGGAAUGGGUGGAGUGAGAAGCUGGAGGAGGAGCUGAGACAGAUAGUUGGGGUUCUGAAGAGAAAGGAUGCUGCGGAAUAGAUGAAACUAGAUAAGUUGGUGUUGAAAAUAAACAGAAUUUUAGCUGUUUCAGGGCCUUUACUAGCAGGAAUGGCUGCAAUUGGGUCUGCCUUUGUGGGAUCAUCUCCUUCUACUGAUGGGUGUGAUCUGGCCUUGGCGGUGAGUGUUGCUACAGGAGCAUUAGCGAGUGUGGUGAACACUUUGGAGCAUGGAGGGCAGGUUGGAAUGGUUUUCGAGAUGUAUAGGAAUUGUGCUGGCUUCUUUAAACUCUUGGAGGAAUCUAUUGAGGCUAACUUGAACCAAAAAGAUGUGGAGAGGAGAAAGAAUGGACAGUCCUUUAAAUUGAAGGUGGCUUUGAACUUGGGGAGAAGCUUAUUGGAGCUUAGGUAUUGUAAUACCCAGAUUUUUCUCUGA